UCCUUCCUCGUUCGAAAGCUAGACUUGGUUGGUUUUCGAGGCAGUGGCGCCUUGGGUUUUCAAAUCGGAGAAGCUAGAGAUUUCUUCGUAGCCCUAAUUAUUCAAAGUCCAACAUGAUAUUAAGGACUCCGCCGCCGAAGAAGCCCCGUUCCGACGCCGGCGGCAGCUCCACCCCCACCGGCAACCAGCUCGUCAUCUUCGAAGAUUCUCCUCUUCCUGCUCCGCUUCAAACAACUUCUCAUGAACAUUCCUCCGAUCAGCACCUUUGCACCUAUCAGUGCCGCCAAAUGGUUAAAUCUGACGUUUUAGAUGCCUUGAGCAAAGCAGAGAAACAAGCGCAGGAGUAUCAGACUAUGUUACAGACUCUUAAUCAGAAUUACACCCAAGCAGACGAAGAAAGAAAGCAAUUCCGAGACAAGUUCUUAUACUCGGAGCAAGAACUUGCUGCUGCCAAAGGGCGUGAAAAGGUGCUUCAGGAGCAGCUCCUAAUGGAGAUGGAUAAUUCUCAAGAGCGGUAUUCAAAAGCGCUACAGUCUUGUCAUGACCUCGAGGUAAAGCUUCAAAGCGAAAUGAACCUCCGAAGCAAAGCCGAGUCUUCAGUUGCAACAUCAGAAGAAAAAGCUAAACUUUUGGAAGAAAAACUAAGUCAGCUGUCUGGUAGUGUGGAGAGGGAGAGAAAACGUCUCAGCAAUGAUAUUUCCCACUUGGGUAAAGAAGCAAAGCUUUCUGUUUCUAGAAUUGGUGCAGAUCUUGAAAGGAUGCAGUGUAGAGCGCAAAGUGCAGAGACGGAGUCAGAUCUCUUAAGAUCACAGCUGGAGGAUCUUAAACAGAAAUUUGACGAGUGUUUGCACGAAAAAACUGAAGUAUACAAGAAGCUUUCGUCAUUCACUUCUGAAGCAGCUUCUACGUCAGAUAACAAUGUAUUGGUUAAAACUCUCCAGGAGGAACUUAAGCGCUGUGAAGCGGAAGUGCGAGAAGCUAGAAAGAUUAAAUCACAGCAAUUAGAUGCUGAGCUGUUGAAAGUAAAAUUACUGGAAGAAAAAAGCCGUAGGGAGAGAGCAGAAUCAGAGUUAUCAAAAUUGCCUGAAUUGCAGAUAAGCAUUGACAUGUUGGAGAAUGAGUUGUCGUCUUGGAAGUCAUUGCUAAACAACAUUCCUGGUGUAUCCUGUCCUGAUGACAUUGUUAUGAAAUUCUCGGCGCUGCAAAAGGAGGUGCUUGAUAGCACUAUGAAGAUUGGGGAAGCAAGUACACGUUUCAAUCAACUGGAGGCGGCUCUGGAUGCUACACAACUUGGCAAGCAGAAUGCUGAAAUUGAGGCUGCAUUAGCUAAAGAGAAAUUUGUGGCACUCAAAUCUGAUGUGAAGAGGAUUGAAGCAAUGCUUGCUCUGGUCACAGAAGAGAAAGAACAACUAAAAGCUGUUGUUAGUGAACUAAGGAAGUCCGACAGUGACGGACCUGUGUCCGCGACAACAGAUGCAACCCUUGCUCAGAGCUUUGAAUCUUCUCUUGCGAAAAAGGAGAACUAUCUUAAGGAGUUGGAGCAGGAGCUAAGUCAACUUAAAGAUGUCAAUAAUCGUCAACGCGAUGAAAUAGAACAUCUGAAUGAUAAAUUAGUUAGUGAAGCAAGGAGAAUGAAGUCGCUUGAAAGGGAUAGUGAUCGCCUUCGUUCUGAGAUCUCUUUGCUAGAGUCAAAGCUGGGUCAUGGUGAUUUCUCCGCUGCAAAUACAAGGGUUUUGCGCAUGGUGAAUACUCUUGGUGUAGAGAAUGAGGCAAAACAAACAAUAGAAGCUUUACAAGCAGAGUUACAGAAAACAAAAGAAAGACUUCAAGCUGUUGAAGAAUUGAAGAGCCAGUCCGGCGAUGCUGGUAAGCUAGUUGAUUCUCAUAUAACUGGAAAGAUUGCUCAACUAAAAGAGCAAAUUGCUACACUUGAAAAACGUGAAGAGAGGUACAAAACUGUUUUUGCUGAUAGGAUUUCCGUGUUUAGAAGGGCUUGUUGUGAGCUUUUCGGUUAUAAGAUUGUAAUGGAUGAACAUCAGCGUCCCAAUGGAAUCCCAGCUACUCGUUUUACUCUCCAGUCAAUCUAUGCUCAAAGUGACGAUGAAAAACUUGAAUUUGAUUAUGAAUCUGGCAACACCAGCAUCCUAGACAAUCAAUACACCUCUCAGGGUGAGAUAGCGAAGCAGGUAGAAAUAUUUAUCAGGAAAUUCAACUCGAUUCCAGCUUUUACAGCCAAUUUAACAAUGGAAUCAUUCAACCGCCGCACGCUAUACUGAGAGCACCGAGUCAUUCUUUCCAACCCGUGUUCUUUUUUUUGUAUAAAUACAAAUCCCGCUGAGAGGCCGCAGGCUUAAAACCAAACUCAUCUAUAUUAUUAUCCAUCUUUGUGGUUGUGUUAUCUCUGCGGGAAGUGUGGUGAUUGGUAACAUUCUAUUUUGGUAUAAAAGAUGCUGACGUUAUUUA